AUGGCAAACGAGAGCGUGCGUAUUUUACAAAGCGCGAAAAAGAGGAAAGCAGAAGAGAAAAAGGAGGUAGUACAAAUCCUCCUAUUCCUGUUCUCUAUCUCUCGCUCGCCCCCUCGAAAAGGACUCAUCUCAGGCCAGGGUGACGAGUCGAAUAAAGCGAGACAAUCGCAAACAGAGUCAUCGUGGACCCAGAACUUGGGGUCGAGGACUGAGCGCGAAGAUAGCAGGCUAAGUGCGUUCUGGUAUAUCGAGGGCGACUUGCUGAGCUCAAGUCUGCUAUCCGAGACAGACGGGUAG